GCCAAACUCCCCAAUACCCAUUUCCCAACUUCGACCAUAAGAAAUUCUUUUGGGCUUCUCUCACACGCCAACAUCAACAACAUCUAAAAAUCAAACAAAGGCAGAAAGAGAGAAGAGAGGAAGAAAAUAGAGAAAAGAAAAACCUUGGCUGCCCGCCAAACGCAAUUUCCCAAAGGAAAAACCCUUUCGCGCUCUCUCCUCCCAAAUGACACAACCAUCAGCGCCUCCGCCUCCGCCGCUGGCGCCACCGCCACCGACAACUCCCCCGCCACCUCAGCAGACCGAGAGCGUUCGCGUGCGCUGCGCCGGCUGCCGAAUGAUCCUGACAGUGGCGCCUGGCCUCACGGAGUUCGCCUGCCCUACCUGCCGGAUGCCGCAGAUGCUUCCGCCGGAGCUCAUGCCUAGGGAGCGCGCCGCCGCAGCAAAUGCGCUUACAUCGGUGCCUCCGACGUCCGCUCCGCCGUCGCAGCCUCCGCACGCUCCUGCACACGGCAUUGAUCCCACUAAGAUCCAGCUUCCCUGUGCUUCUUGUAAGGCCAUCCUCAACGUCCCUCACGGCCUUGCGCGCUUCGCUUGCCCUCAGUGCAACGUUGACCUAGCCGUCGAUGUCUCCAAGGUGAAGCAGUUCUUCCCCGCCGCUCCUCCGCCUGAAGAAGUUAACGAGGUUGCUGUUGAAGUGGAGCGGGACGAGGAUGAAGGUGGCAUGGUUGGUGAAACAUUUACAGAUUAUCGACCACCAAAAGUAUCUAUUGGAUCUCCACAUCCAGAUCCUGUUGUGGAGACAUCUUCCUUGUCUGCAGUGCAGCCGCCUGAGCCAACUUAUGAUCCAAAAAUUAAAGAUGAUUUGGAGAGAUCUAAGACUUUGUCGUGCUUGCAAAUUGAGACAUUGGUCUAUGCUUGUCAGAGACACCUUCAACAUCUCCCAAAUGGAGCUAGGGCAGGAUUCUUUGUUGGAGAUGGAGCUGGUGUCGGUAAAGGUCGAACAAUUGCAGGGCUAAUUUGGGAGAACUGGCAUCAUGGAAGGAGGAAAGCUUUGUGGAUUUCUGUUGGUUCAGACUUGAAGUUUGAUGCUAGAAGAGACUUGGAUGAUGUGGGUGCAGCAUGUGUUGAAGUGCAUGCUUUGAACAAACUUCCUUAUUCUAAGCUUGAUUCAAAGUCUGUUGGGAUCAGGGAGGGAGUUGUUUUCUUGACGUACAAUAGUCUCAUAGCCUCUUCUGAGAAAGGUCGUACUCGUCUCCAGCAGCUUGUACAGUGGUGUGGACCAGGGUUUGACGGUCUUAUAAUUUUUGACGAGUGUCAUAAAGCAAAAAAUUUGGUCCCUGAAGCAGGCAGUCAGCCAACUCGAACUGGAGAGGCAGUGCUUGAUAUCCAGGUUGUUCUUCAUUUCAAUCUUUUGAAGUAGUGGCCCAGAAUUUCUAUAUUGUUUGUGUUGUAUUCAUUUGUGAAUUUAUGAUGAGUGAAGAUUAAUUUUUUUUAUUGUUUUUAAAUAUAUUUUUGGUUUUUUAUUCUUUGUUCUAUUUAUUUUCGUAUGUAGUGUUUUAGGGAAUAUUUUUAAUACAGUGAAUCUAAAUGUGAUAAGUGAUAUCUAAGCAGAAAGAAAGAUAACAAUGGUCUUGUUUAAUAUGCUUAGUAGAUGCAACUUGUAGCAUAAGUACAGUGAUAGAAUGAAGAUUCUUAGAUUUAUUUAUUUUAGUUAAAAUAGUUUAAAGCCAGUGGUGGAAAAGAAACAUAUUCAUGUGAAAUAAACUUACAUGGAAUAGGUGAGCCCUUUUUAAUUGGAUUUUCAUACCAUUAUGCUACAAAUUAUAAUAUGGAUGACGCUUGCUAUAAAUGGCAAACCUCAUAGCCAUGCAUGUGAGUAUGCUACAAUUUGUAAUACGUAUCAUUCUUACCACAAUUGGCAAUUCCAAUACACAUUUAGGCUAUACAGACCUAAAGAAAUGUUUUAGUUACAUGAUUUGGAAAAUCUAUUCCUCUUUAAUCCCUCAACAUUAAAUAAGUUUCCCAAUAAAUAAUAUGGUGUCAUUUUUGUUCUCACCUAACUCAUGAAGCCUGUCAUGAUUUAAUUGAAAAUUCAAUUUUUAAUAGUCUAUUGGUAUGAGGUGAUAGAAGUAAACAUCCAUUUUACAAGAUAUGCUCAAAUCCUUGUCAUGUUUCUCUGAUGUGUCGCUAACAACUCCACCAUUAAAGUAAGGUUCCAAAUCCAAAUUGUCAUGCUUGUGGCUGAAGGCAAUAGGGUCAUGAACAAUUGGAUGAG